AUGGAUAAACGGUCUGCUGAAAGUCCUAUGGACUUUGAGUGGCAGACCCGGGCACCCGGGGAUGUCACUUCACCCUUCUACCAACUCAGCGUCCAGCAUGACAAGCAAAAGAAACGUCCGCAUAACAUGUUCAAUUCCCCCGAAAUGAAACUACCCGCACUGCGUGAACCCAACUCGCAACCGUACCUUUUCAACCAGCCCCAGUCCCAACUGCCACCCGGAACUCCCAAGUCGGUCUUCAACCAGGCAGCUUUCAUGACACCACGCAAGUUCGAUGUUGAUUUCUCCUCUGGUGCUGAGAACAUAUCAUCCCCUGAAUGUGCCGAUAAUGAGGACACUCCCGAGCCGGCCGCGAAAUCGGCACAUCGAAAUUCGUUGUUUAACAUGUAUGGGAGAUUCGCACCAAGUCCUGGACGGGGCGAAAUACCUAGAGCCAACCUCUAUUCUAAUGCAUUGGCCCGAAGGGUACAGAAGAGGCGAAGGAGGGACAAAGUGUUGGAUUUGCGGCUGCGAAGGGAUAGUGAUGAUGAGGAGAGCGACCGGCCCAGUUGUAGCGAGGGGAAGCGAGUCAACAAGAAGCAGUCAAAGCACGAACAAAGCCAGAUCCCAGCAGAGAGCCCGUCGACAUCGCGGAUGUCUUCGUUUUCAGAUUUUUUUGCCUUGUUGGAGGCGCAUCCCAAUGUCCCUAGCAUCCUGUCUUGGUGGGCUCAGUUGGUGGUAAACCUAUCCCUAUUUUCGCUCGCUGUCUACGUCGUUUUUGGAUUUGUGUCGGCAAUCCGUGCCGAGUUCGAUCAGGCCGCGGAGGAGGUGUCUGAUGGUAUACUGGCUGAGAUGGCGAGUUGUGCCAAGAGCUACGUUGAUAACAGGUGUGCCGGUGGGGAUCGACUACCAGCGCUGGAGACAGUGUGCGAAAACUGGGAACGCUGCAUGAACCGAGAUCCAGCGAAAGUUGGGCGGGCGAAAGUGUCGGCUCAUACGAUGGCGAUCAUCAUCAAUAGCUUCAUUGAUCCCAUCAGCUGGAAAGCAAUUUUGUUCUUCCUUGCUACCAUCUCGACCGUCACCAUUGUCAGCAACUGGUCUUUCCGUUCGUUUAGGAACCGUCUUAAUCAACACGAAUAUGCCCCUCCAGCUCCUACGUUUUCACGACAGCCGUCGGGCCAGCAUCUUCCGUCUCUUCCUUCAUCGCAGGCGCAUUUCCAACACAAUUCGGGACUUGGGUAUCAGGAAAAUACAUCUGGCUACGACCAGAAGCAGGAAGCACCGUUAUUGCUGGAGCAGUCUCAAACAAUGAAUUUCAUGAACGACCGAACUCGGGAUCGGCAAAAGAACAUGCGCACACCAAGCCCCGUUAAAAGGGAUAGAAAUUUACUAUAA